CCGGGCUCGUAGGGCACUCUGGAAGGCGGGGUUUGGGGCCAUGUGGUGGCGCCCCUGGCUGCUCGCCUGCCUGGCCUGGGGCCGUGUGGCCGCGCUGUGCGGCUCCCGCGGGCUCUGCCCGGCCCCGAACGCCUCCCGCCCCGAGCCGGGUCAGUGCCCGCGGCGCCGGGCGGCGGAGCUGUGCGCCUGGGCCCUGUCCUCCGACAGCCUCCUAGAUAUUUUUCCAGUUGAUACGAUCCAAGAAAAUUAUGUCCGUAAUGUGAGAAACUGCAUUUUUUCAGUUGUCUAUCCUACACCUUUUAAAUCUAGAGUUCGUCUUGUAGCUGUUUCAAAGGAAGUUCUUGAAAAUAUUUUGGAUCUUGAUAUAUCUGUCAAAGGCUCAUCUGAUUUUCUGGAGUUCGUCAGUGGUGGGAAAGUGACAUUUGGGUCUGUUCCACUGGCCCAUAGGUAUGGGGGUCACCAGUUUGGUAGCUGGGCAGGUCAGCUGGGGGAUGGAAGAGCCCACUUGAUCGGAGUAUAUACAAACAGGCAUGGUGAGAGGUGGGAACUACAGUUAAAAGGGUCAGGAAAGACCCCAUACUCCAGGAAUGGUGAUGGAAGAGCUGUGCUUCGCUCUUCUGUUCGAGAGUUUUUAUGUAGUGAGGCCAUGCACUAUCUUGGAAUUCCUACAAGCAGAGCUGCUAGCUUAGUUGUAAGUGAUGAUGAUGUGUGGAGAGACCAGUUUUACAAUGGAAAUCUUAAGAAAGAAAGAGGUGCAAUAGUGCUACGACUUGCCAAAUCGUGGUUUCGUAUAGGAUCCUUGGAAAUCUUGGCUCACUCUGGGGAACUGGACUUACUAAGAAGAUUACUAGACUUUAUUAUCCUGGAACAUUUUCCAUCAAUAGCUAUGAAUGAUUCAAAUAGAUACCUGGAAUUUUUCUCUACAGUCGUGUCAGAGACUGCAAAUCUCAUUUCCUUGUGGAUGUCUGUGGGCUUUGCACAUGGUGUGUGCAAUACUGAUAACUUCAGUUUAUUGUCCAUAACAAUAGAUUAUGGUCCAUUUGGAUUUAUGGACUCCUAUGACCCAAAUUUUGUUCCAAACACAUCUGAUGAUGAAAGGAGGUAUAAAAUAGGAAAUCAGGCAAGUGUUGGGCUGUUCAAUCUGAGCAAGCUGUUACAAGCUCUAAAACCUUUAUUGGAUCCCAGGCAAAAGCAGCUAGCUUCCCAAAUUUUGGAGGGGUAUGGUGAGCACUAUUACAGUCGUUUCACAGAACUAUUCAAAACAAAAUUGGGUCUUCUUGGGGAGAAUGAGAAUGAUAACUAUUUGAUUGCUUUCCUCUUAAAAAUUAUGGAAGAUACAAAGGCUGAUUUUACAAUGACAUUCCGAGAGCUGAGUGAAAUUACUGCAGACCAGUUAAAGGAGCUCCAUAUUCCUGAGGACUUCUGGGCUCUCCAAGAUCUGAGUAAACACAAAUUAUUUUCAGAAUGGGUUACUAUGUACCUCCUGAGAUUAAACAGUAACAAUGGUGACUCAGAUGCCAAAAGAAGAGCAAGAAUGGCAAAUGUUAACCCUCGAUACAUACUUAGGAAUUGGAUGGCAGAAUCAGCAGUGCAAAAAGCUAAUUUGAAUGAUUUCUCAGAGGUUCAGCUCCUAGAGCAGGUUCUGCAACACCCCUUUCAGAGGCAGGAGGCUGCAGAGAGAGCAGGGUACUCCCUGCCCCCCCCAGCUUGGGCCAAGCAUCUGAAAGUCAGCUGCUCAUCCUGAGGGGAAUUCAAACAAGCAACAAGAAUGAUCAAGGUCAAAGCUCAAGCCUUCAAAUAGGCCUAGUGGAUCAAUACACAGAUUUUGUGGACUGCAGUCUGCUACUGUUCUUGACCAACUUAUGAAGUCUUAAGAUUAAAGAAGUGCACCACUAUGUGUGGUUGCAUCAGGAGAUUGUACUGGCAUUGACAACUCUGCCUCUCACAUUCAGCUGUGCAUUACUUUGAGUCCCAAUAUUUAAGUUCUGCCAAACUGUCACACAUAAUCUCCCAAAAUUCAUGGCUGAUCAGGUGGGUCUUAACAGCUUUUAGUGACUGAUCAACUUAAAACCCAUCUAAGCUAGUUUUAAAUAAUGCAGUAUUUUGAUGAAUUUUCCUCUUGCUGUUACACACUCAUCAAAUGUAGCCAUGUUCUGCAGACAUAAAUGUUCUUAAAUCUUGCAGAACUGGCACAGA